GCAAACUUUGUUGCAUACAGACAAGUGAAAAUAAAUAAAUAUGUCGUACAACAGAAGUUUUACAGUCAGUUUUAAACUCUUCGUCUUUUUUGGAAUUUGCACUGGAAUCUGGUUGUUAUAUGUAGAGUUAUCAAACAAGAAUAAUGCAUUGGCAGUUUACAAUGAACGUGAGCACUUGGCAAUGCCAAGUAAGCAGUGGAUGGAAUUUAAUGAUUUCUUAGAGGGAACUUUUCAAGCUCGUUCAUUUUACCCUUAUUGGGUGUCAGGAAACGAAUAUGUUUAUAUGAACAGUACAGCUGCCAUAAAUAAAGUCAAUAUUGGAACUAAUGUUGAAACGGCGAUUUUGAAUGGGGAACCAUGGUCAAAUACAGAGAAACCAUUCUCUUGGAAAAUAUCUGCCGAUCAAAACUACUUGGCAAUAUUUUAUAUGAAAACAGACGGCUAUGCUGAUUACGUCAGAACAUUUUCAUGCGAUAUUUACAACUUAUUAAACGGAACCAAGCAAAUUCUUCCAGACUUUCCCACAGAAAACCUGCAAAAGUUUCAAUGGUCUCCAACUGGUCAUGAUUUUUCUUACGUUUACGAAUUUAAUGUUUACUUGUACAAGAAUACAUUCCUAAAUCAUCAUCAAAUUACAAACGAUGGAGACGAACAGAUGGUUUUUAACGGAAUUGCUGACUUUUUGCACUGGAUUGAAAUAACCGAAGAUGAUUCUUUGAUGUGGUGGUCACCAGACAGUCAAUAUUUGGCAUACGCAACAAUCAAACAAACUAAUGUUUUCGCUGUUGAGUUUUCUGUGUACAACAACUACCAAUACCCAGAGAUGAUAAGAUAUCCUUAUCCCAAACCUGGCACACCUAUACCAACUACAACUGUCACUGUUGUUGACUUGAGCAAUUUGUCUUUAACUCAACUUAAAACAUUGAAUUUUUCAUCUUGGUCUGACGGGUAUUAUCUCAAUUCAGUAACUUGGCGAGGUAAUCAUAUAUUAAGCCCGACCUGGAAAAACCGUAUUUCAAAUGAAGCAGUGGUAGAAAAUUGUGAAACACCAAUGUUCAACUGUUCUUAUGUUUCUGGAAUGACAAGUAAGAGUACAACUGGAUGGCUGGGUCACUACAAAGUAGCGCAUAUUAUUCCCACAAACAACGAUAAUGUUUAUAUUACGGUACGAAGUUUAGACGGCUAUCAACAUAUUACAGUGUUUUACGUGAAGGAAAAUAAGGACGACUGGAGAACAUCUGGAGAGUUUGAGGUAACUGACACCAACGAGGGAUAUUCACCAAUUUACUUCUACGAUGAAAUAAACGACUGGAUUUAUUUCACAAGUACCGAGUUGGAAAGUAAACCAGGUACAGCGUUGCCGCGGAUACGUCAUAUCUGGAGAGUCAAAGGUUCUGGUAGCGAUAAAAAUCGCUCUUGCAUCUCUUGUCAUCUUAAUGAAAUAUUCCCGGACAGAUGUAAUUGGGUGACGCCAUCGUUUAGCAGGGAUGGGAGUUACGUGGUAAUAAAUUGUGGGGGAUCUGGCAACGCUGCACCUGUGUCAACUCUCCAUAUGAGAAAUUCUAGUGGAGAUUAUGAAUUUGUUGGAGUCGUUGAAGGGAAUGAAGAGUUAAUUCAAACACUAAAUGAUUUUUACUUUCGGAAACGUAUAUAUGGAAACUUAACUUUAGAGGGCAUACCUGGAGAAUGGUUUUACAUGCUUCACUUGCCUCCUAAUUUUAAUGAAAGUAAGAAAUACCCGAUGUUGGUGCAAGUCUAUUCAGGACCUGCUUACCAGCAAGUUAGAGACCGUUUUGAAGUUAGUUGGAAGGAUUAUGUCAGCAGUGCCCGUGAUGUAAUUGUUAUGAGUUUUGAUGGGAGGGGUACAGGUUAUAGGGGAGAUAAAAUCAUGCAUCAGGUUUAUAAAAAACUUGGUCAGUAUGAACCUCAUGACCAAAUAGCAGCAGCAAGGAAACUGGCAACCGAAAACCAGUUUAUUGAUCAAUCGAAAAUUGCUAUAUGGGGGUGGUCAUAUGGAGGGUAUACAAUCGGAGAAGACGCGGAUAAUGUAUUCAAAUGUGGCUUUGCUGUUGCCCCAGUUACAAAGUGGGAGUAUUACCAUACUAUUUGGACUGAGAAAUACAUGCAACAACCAAAAGACAAUCCUGAUGGUUACGCCAAAGGUAGUGCGCUUCAAGGAAUUGAAAACUUUCGAACUCAUCAUUUUAAUCUAUUCCAUGGAACAAAAGAUGAAAAUGUUCAUUUUCAAAAUUCAGCUCAACUUUCAAAAUAUCUUAUUGAUGGUGACGUCAAGUUUGGCGCUUUCUUUGCUGCAGAUGAUGACCAUAGCAUGUCUCGAGUGAAUAAUGGUUACAGAAAUAUUUAUAAACAACUCACAAGGCAAAUGGAUCUUUGUUUUAAUCUGUAAAUAUACUUAAUUUUGGUUUAAAUAUAUAAUUUUGUACCAGAGUAUUUUAUUUAAAAUAUUUUUCAGGUAUAAUAAAAAGUUGGGUGCUAUUGAAGAAUCCUCCCCCCCCCCUAAUUUGCUAUUCACUAACCCUUAACUACUAACCACCAAACCUCUAACAAUUCCCACCAGCCUAUUCUGCUAUGUAUCGGAGGAUUCUUUACUAGUGCCAAAACUAGUCUUGUUUGAUCA